AUGCCCAGCCUGCUGGCCUGGCAGGCAGAAAAGCUUGGAUUCACCCCAGCAGGCACCAGCCCCUGGGAUCCCUCGGACUUUGGUGAGUCCUUCCCCCAGUCUUGGCUGGGACCAGCCCGACCAGCCUCCAGGCCCCCCAGCCUGACGUGUCCCUGGGCCGCCUGCCUCCCUUGCAGAGGGCCCUGGGGCCUGGCUUGAGAUGGGAGUGUUCCCAGGGUCUGCUGCCGUCCGUUUGGGGUCCUCAUCACCCCCACCUCUCCCGUUAUUCUUGCAGACACCUGGGGAGCAGGACCAACCGGUGCACAAUGAACUUGUGGCUCCCGCUGUGCCUGGUGGUGGCAGCCAGCUUUGUGGGCAUCUGGUGUCCUGUCCACGCUCAAGGUGUCUCGGAGGACUGUUGCCUAGCCUACCACCGGCUCGAGAGCCUGGACUUUCUGAAGCGCGCCCUGGGGUACCAGCGCCAGGAGGUGAGCGGCAGCUGCAACCUGCCGGCUGUGAUAUUCUUCUUGCGGAAACACAGGAUGGUGUGCGGCAACCCCCGGGACAAGAGGGUGAAGUACUGGACAGAAUUCCUGGAUGCGCGGAAGGCAAAGCAUCACAGAAGCCGCCUGAGAAACCCGUCCGGGGUUAGCGGGCCCCCCAGAAGCAACAAGACGAAAACUGCCCUCCGGACGACAGCUCAUCCAGAUCCGUGAGCCCGAACACCUCCAGGAUUAGCCAGCACGAAGGUGGGCCAGACCUCUCCCCACCACAACUGUCCCCUGAGGCUCCAGGUGCCCCAGCCUGUCAUUCAGGCCAGACCUCAGUGCCCGGGCCUGGGCCUGCUCUUGGCUCUGUCCCAUCGCUCCUGCCACAUCCUGCUCCUCAGGCAGCUGGAAGGAAAGAGCUGACCUUGCUUCAGGCCCCUUGCCUGCUCCAGGAACCAGAGUCAGCCGUAAGCAGCGGGUCUCGUAGUGGAUCCUCUGGAUUUGUCACCCACCGCAGCCUCUUGCCACCCACCCUGGGCCACGCCUGCCUGUGUCCCUUUGGGUCCUUGCAAAGCUCCCGACCGUCCCGGGACGCUC